AUGCUCGGGGCUCGCUCCACUCCUGUCGCGGGUCGGCCCGGCAUUGCAUGUAUACAUAUUUGGAAUAAAAAUAUAAUGUUAAAAACAUGCAGUCUGUGCCUAGUGUAUAUAUUUAUAACGUUCGUGGGAGCGGCUGUACCAGUAACAGCCAGUGCUAAUGAGAUCAACCAAGUGCCCAGAAAGAAAGCAGCCAACCCUGGAGCUGCUUUAUAUCCCCAGGCGUCUGAGACAAGGGACCUUCGCAAUUUAGACGGCAUAUGGAACUUCAGAAAAUCCCCAACAGAUCCGGAAUAUGGCUACAAAAAUGGAUGGUACGAACAGGAUCUUACGAAGACUGGCCCCGUGAUCCCUAUGCCAGUACCAUCAUCAUACAACGAUGUAGGAGAGGACGCGUCGUUGCGUGACCAUGUCGGUCUGGUGUGGUACGACAGAAGAUUCUUCGUUCCGAGCUGGUGGGGCCAAAAUGGACAGCGCGUGUGGCUGAGAUUCAGCAGUGUGCAUUAUGCUGCUCAAGUGUGGGUCAACGGUCAGUCAGUGAUGUACCAUGAAAUUGGCCAUCUUCCGUUCGAGGUGGAAAUCUCGGACUUCGUCAGCUACAACACCAGCAAUCUCCUGACUGUGGUCGUCGACAAUACACUGUUAAGUGACACUGUUCCUCAGGGCAGUAUUAGGGACAUUAUAAUUUCGAACAACAAAAUUCGCCAAGAACAAUCGUACACCUUCGACUUCUUCAACUAUGCCGGAAUACAUCGCUCCGUUUUCCUGUACUCAACUCCGCAGACAUUUAUCGAUGACGUCAUUGUUAAUACGGACAUACAAGGAUUAACAGGUUUCGUAGUAUACAACGUGACAUUCAAAAGCCUUAACAACGCCCAGUGCGUCAUUCAACUGUUUGACAAGAACGACACUCAAGUAGCAGGCUCCCAAGACUGCGCUGGACUGCUGGAAGUUGGCAAUGCUAACUUCUGGUGGCCUUACUUAAUGCAUCCAGACCCGGGAUAUCUGUAUACUUUCAAGGCAACGCUUAUCGGUCCGUUAGGAGAACUGGUGGACACCUACAGUCUAAAGGUCGGCAUCAGAACAGUGACUUGGAGCAACACAACAGUCUAUUUGAAUGAUAAACCUAUCUAUAUGAAAGGUUUUGGGAUGCACGAGGACUCGGAUUUGAGAGGUAAAGGCUGGGAUCCAGUGCUUUGGGUGAAGAAUUUCAAUCUGAUUAAGUGGGUCGGGGCGAAUGCCUUCCGAACGUCACACUAUCCCUACGCCGAAGAGAUCUACCAAAUGGCGGAUGAGCAAGGAAUUAUGAUCAUCGACGAAUGCCCAAGUGGCGACACAGAUAUAUUCACGGACGCGCUUCUAGAAAAGCACAAGCAAUCGUUGACUGAAUUGAUAAGACGGGACAAAAAUCAUCCCAGCGUGGUGAUGUGGUCGAUCAGUAACGAGCCAAGAUCGGCAAAUUAUAAGGCGGAUGCCUACUUUGGCAAAGUGGUGAAACACGUUAAAUCAAUGGACUUAUCGAGGCCAGUAACUAUAGCGAUUUCACAGUCCUACUUAAACGACAAAGCGGGCCAACAUCUGGAUGUGAUUUGCUUUAAUCGUUACAAUGGCUGGUACGCUAACACGGGCUCAUUGCUUAAUAUAGCCUCCUAUGUCACUGAAGAAGCCACAGCUUGGCAUCGCAGAUAUAACAAACCCGUUAUCAUGACUGAGUAUGGGGCUGAUACCAUUGCUGGGUUACAUUUGAUUCCCGAAUACGUUUGGUCCGAGGAGUACCAAGUGGCGCUGAUGUCUGAACACUUCAAGGCCUUUGAUAGGUUACGCCGCGUCGGAUUUUUCGCUGGCGAAUUCAUUUGGAACUUUGCCGAUUUUAAAACAACACAAACUAUAACACGAGUUGGUGGCAACAAGAAGGGUAUUUUCACGAGAUCGAGACAGCCCAAGGCGUCUGCGCAUCAUUUGCGAGCGAGGUAUCUCGCCCUCGCCGCGGCAGAGUCAGGGGCGCCACCACCCGACAUCGCUUACUACAUCAGCGAUCACAAACCACCGGCGCACGAGGAGCUUUAA